CUUUCUCUAACCCUAAAAUACGUAGAGAGAUCAGGUACCUGAAAACAAACGAUCAAUCAUGGAGUACGCUGCUCGGAGAAAUCAGAAAGGCGCUUUCGAAGGCUUUUACAAACUUAUCAUGCGCCGUAACUCCGUCUACGUCACUUUCAUCAUCGCCGGCGCAUUCUUUGGCGAACGGGCUGUGGAUUACGGUGUUCAUAAGCUCUGGGAACGCAACAAUGUUGGGAAACGAUAUGAAGACAUCUCUGUGUUGGGUCAAAGGCCAGUAGAAGAAUGAGGAUUUCUCCUUUUUGAAUUCUCUCAGACCAAAAGCAAGAAUUGGAAAUUUCCAUGUUGUUUUGCAUUCCAAGUCUCUCUUUCUUUGUUGAAUAAAAUAUAAAAUCAUUU